UCCGGGUAGCGAGAGAGGAGGGGCGGUGUUCCAGCGCAAAGAUCCUCAGUUCCUCGCAGGUCAUUGGACAGGAUGUGUGAUGUCACGCCGUGAGCGCAACGCUGAUUGGUGAAUGGCGUGUAGAUGCGACGUAAACAAAGCGGCGAGGAGAGGUUUGAACUUCACUGUGUGUCCGCGUAGGCUGCGCGUACGGAGAGCACGGUGACGAACCGCAAAGCGUAAAGUUGUGACAGUUCACUAAUAGAAUAGCAAAAAGAAAUCUCUUAGGUGCACUGUUGGUUGUUUUUCACUGAUGAGGGUUGAGACGUUGCUCAGUGCGUUUAUUUUAAAUUACAAAACCCCGUGCGCUUCGUCUCGGUGCUGUUGCGCGCAUUCAGGUCUGUAACACCAGCACACGCUGCCUGCAGGCCUGCAGUAGCUCAGGUGGCACAACGGCAGGCAACAUGAACAACGUCGGUCUGCUUUGCCGCUGUCAUCUGUAGUCACAGGCUACAUACCACGAGGGAUUUCCGAAGCUUGGUGGGUCGCCGGACAGAGCGGCUUCUCUUCUUCAUAUUAGUGAAACUGUCAUGCUGCCCAAAGUCGAGUCAGAGUGCCUGGGACUCUCUCGGUCGCAUGGGGAGCAGGGCCACAUUCCCGCAAACAUGCAAGCCCCUCAGUUUAAAAUGAUGGACUACUCCUACGAUGAAGACCUGGAUGAGAUGUGUCCCGUGUGUGGAGACAAAGUAUCCGGAUAUCACUACGGCCUGCUCACCUGUGAGAGCUGCAAGGGCUUCUUCAAGCGCACCGUGCAGAACAACAAGCGCUACACAUGUAUUGAGAACCAGAGCUGUCAGAUAGACAAGACACAGCGUAAGCGCUGCCCUUACUGCCGCUUCCAGAAGUGCCUCAACGUCGGCAUGAAGCUGGAAGCUGUGAGGGCGGACCGCAUGCGCGGUGGUCGAAACAAGUUUGGCCCCAUGUACAAGCGGGACCGUGCGCUAAAGCAGCAGAAGAAAGCACUGAUCCGUGCAAGCGGCCUCAAGCUGGAAUCCAUGAACCACAGCAUGCAGACCGCUCCCGCUGACCUCACUAUCUCCUCUGCUAUCCAGACCAUCCACUCGGCUUCCAAGGGGCUGGCACUGAGCCACCACCACCACCACCACCACCACCACCAACACCAUCAACAUCACCAGCAUCACCAGUCCAGCUCUGACUAUGACCGCAGCCCCUUUGUCCCGUCUCCCGUCAGCAUGGCCAUGCCACCGCAGGGCUACCAGGCCUACGGGCACUUCCAGAGCCGAGCCAUCAAGUGCGAAUACCCCGAGCCAUACGGCAGCUCGCCCGAAUCGUUGAUGGGCUACGCGUACGCCGAAGCGCCGGGAUUCCCACGCUUAGUAGCUGAGCUGCUCAAGUGUGAGCCCGAUGAGCCGCAAGUGCAAGCCAAGAUCCUGGCCUACCUGCAGCAGGAGCAGGCCGGCCGCAGCAAGCAUGACAAGCUCAACACGUUUGGCCUCAUGUGCAAGAUGGCCGACCAGACGCUCUUUUCUAUCGUCGAAUGGGCGCGCAGCAGCAUCUUCUUCCGUGAGUUGAAGGUUGAUGACCAAAUGAAGCUUCUCCAAAACUGCUGGAGCGAGCUUCUUAUCCUUGACCAUAUUUUCCGACAGGUGAUUCACACCAAGGAGGGCUCCAUACUGCUGGUUACAGGGCAACAGGUGGACUAUGCGUUAAUUGCAUCUCAAGCUGGGGCCACACUCAACAACCUCCUGAGUCGGGCGCAGGAACUGGUCAGCAAGCUGCGCUCCCUUCAGCUGGAUCAGAGAGAGUUUGUCUGCCUCAAGUUCCUGGUGCUGUUUAGCUUAGAUGUGAAGAACCUGGAGAACUUCCACCUGGUGGAGAGUGUUCAGGAGCAGGUGAACGCAGCGCUGCUUGAUUACGUCAUGUGUAACUACCCACAGCAGACAGAUAAAUUCGGCCAGCUGUUGCUGCGGCUGCCUGAGAUCCGCGCCAUCAGCCUGCAGGCCGAGGAAUAUCUGUACUACAAACACCUGAACGGCGACGUUCCCUGCAACAACCUGCUUAUUGAGAUGCUGCAUGCAAAACGAGCUUGAACCAAACAUUUCUGAAUCAACACAAUGCACACACUGCUCCCAGACAACAAUCUUCCAGUCCAGCAUCAUUAGCAGCCACAGCAUUGCAGAACAUGCACUCAGAUGCCUCCACAUGCCGGUGUUGUGCUUACACUGCAUGGUUCAUGUUGUUUCAGUGAAUGAUUUGGGCCAAAACAGAGAAGAAGAUGUCAAUAAACACUUUUUGGUUGAGGGGAAUGCACUCAGCCCCUGAUCCAGCAGAACAGUGAUGUACUGACUUCUGAUGUCUUGGUACAGGUUCUUAUAUAUUUGCAAAACGUCUGCAGUUUUGUGAGCAGCUAAACGUAAUUAUUUCCUCUCACUGAGACUGUAAGCUUGAGGGUUUGAUAUGGCACAUUUCAUUUCUUCUCCACAACUUGGACCAGUCAUUGCUCUUGACAGCCAGCAUAUGAGCUGUAGAUUGAAGUCAUCUGGAUCAGCUGAUUGUGACUGUGACAUGUGUCAGAAACGUAACGACAUGCAGUACAAACAGUACUAUCAUGUUCAAAUCGCCUGACCUUCUUCCUCUUACGUUACAGGUUAAAAACAUGCCCUCUACGAAAAACAAAAUGAACUUUUAACCUCUAAGCCAGGACUCAUUCUUUUAUUUCUAACUUAUUAAACACUUAUGUUUAUCAGUAUGGUCUCACUGAUGCAGUGUUAGAGAAAAGAACACUAUAAAACUGUAAGAGCCUAUAAGAUCCUUUUUGUCCCUCAACUCUACCCCCUCAUCACAAUGUGGACGACGCUGUUGCAGAGCCAAGACGAAGCAAUACUGCCUCAGUCCAACCAGACCAAAGCCUGCUGCAGAACAAACCCAACAAUCACACAAUUUUAUUGUCAGUAUUAUGUGAGUCUUGCCUUAUUUUAUUACCAUGCUAGCUAACUGUGCUGAUGUGAAUUAUAACAUGUAAAAAUGUAAUAUAUAUAUAUAUAUAUAUAUAUAUAUAUAUAUAUAUAUAUAUAUAUAUAUAUAUAUAUAUAUAUAGUAUUAAUGUACUACAACUAAGCCGAGGUGUUUACAUUCAUGUGGUCAUGUGGGAGAGAACUGUGAUGUAAAGUGGAGGUGAGCUGAACUGCUAAAUUGCAAAGCAAUGAAUUCUUAUAUAUAUAUAAAAAAAAAGAUAAAGAAAAAAAGAAAGAAAGAAAUCUGUUCUUCUGGUUUGCUUUCUUCAGUGUGUACAGUUUUCAUCUUGACCAGUACUUAACAAUGUCGUGAGACACUAAAAUCAGAAAGGAAUCUCACUUUAUAUUUGUGGUCAGUUUGGUCAAUUUGAUCAUUUUUAACUGAUUGUGCAAGCUUUUUUUUUUUUAUCUUUAUUUCACAUUUUUAUGUUCUCCUUUCAUGUAUGUCACUGCAUAAGCAUAAACAUAAUUUAUUGUGCACUGCUUUUACCCGUGUGUGUAAGCACAAGGACCGUCAACAAUGAUGUAUUUGUACAUUAAAGCAUGUUUUUUAAAAGAAAAUGUAUAUACGCAAGACGCAAGUCCACAAAACAUCUGUCCAUCUCUGAUGAGAGGCAUAUUCAAGUGAAGUCAUGUGACUGUGGCAACUUCUUUCUCAGUAUUCGUGCUUCUGGUUUAUACCAAAGACAGCAUCUGCCCUUUGACGUGUAGUUACCUGAUCUACAUCUCGACUAACGAGCAGCAGCUCAGAUCAGCGCUCAUCAUCGUCGGCUGAUCAGACGACCAGCUGGAGGGCUUGGGAUGUCUUUCACAAGUAUUGGGUCAUGAUUAGUGUUGGGACAGUAAUCUUUCUGGACAUUACUGAAUGUUUGCCUCACUUAUUAAUGAAAGUAAUUAUGGUGGUCUCACUAUAUUUAUUGAAUUUUGAAAAUAAAAAUAAAAAGCUCUUUACUUUGUAUA